UGGGACUAGAACAUACAGCUCUUGGGGGGGGGGAAAGAAAAAAAGAGACCACUGCAAUAUAAUCAAUUUCUUAUGUUUUUUUCUUCCAGGUGCAUGUAUUGGUGAGAUGAACAGUUUUGUUUCAUUUUUGUGAACUGCUGACAAUAUUUCUCCUAAAUUCAAAAUAUAACUAUUGUUAUUUAGAGUGUAUAUUUAAAGGAAAUGACAACACAUCAAAAUAACACAAGAUCAUGCAGUAUUUGCAGAGCUUUAAUAACUCAAAUCAAACAAAAUGCAAAUAAUUUGUAAACAAAUUGUGUUAAUGCUUUGGCUAAAUAACAUUAAGAAAUCAGUAUUUGGUGGAAUAACCCCGAUUUGCAUGUGUUUUGGCUCCAUGCUUUCCACCAGUUUUUCACAUUGCUGUUGGGGAACUUUAUACCCGUCUUUUUGCAAAAAAAGCAAACAGCUCAGCUUUACUUGUUGGUUUGUGACCAUCCAUCUUCCUCUUGAUGACAUUCCAGAGGUUUUCAGUAGGGUUCAAAUCUGGAGAUUGGGCAGUGGUCUCUUAUUUUUUUCCAGAGCUGUAUAUCAUUUCGAUAUGGUAGGCGUCUUUUGCUGUGACUGUGGCUUUAAAAACUUGCGGGGUUUUGUCUCAAACCGCAUGUCCGAGUAGUGAGCUAGCAGGUGUGUCACACAGGCUUUAGUGAAAUGUCACUGGAGUGUCAUUGUGCGGUUUGGGGGACGGGGCAGUAUUCACGCGCGCUUGCUUUACGCACGCGAGUCACUGUGACUGGAGGACGCAGCUGGAGAAGAGGAAGGUGAAUGUUCUCGUGAGUUCGUUUCCACAGCUGGAUUUUAACCUCUUUUCAUUUCUGAAUCAAACCUAAGCUUAACAGCUGAGUCUGCUGGACUGUUAGACAGUUUUAUCCGCACCAGAGCUCGACAGUCCAUAUUUUCCCUCAUCUUUCUCAAGGUGCAGACUUCUGGAGAAAGACAGAAAGACUACAGCAAGAGGUUGGUGGUAUGACUGUGUGUGGCAGGAAAGCGCUGACCCUGUUGAGCAGUGUGUUUGCAGUGUGUGGCCUGGGCCUGCUGGGCAUAGCUCUUAGCACUGAUUACUGGCUCUAUCUAGAGGAGGGCAUCAUCCUGCCCUUCAAUCAGAGCACCAGCAUCCACACAUACCUCCAUUCUGGCCUGUGGAGACUCUGCUUUCUGACAGGAGAGGAGAUGGGCCGCUGCUUUACUAUAGAGUACCUAAUGCCUAUGAACGUGCAACUGACCAGUGAAUCUACAGUCAGUGUCCUGAAGAUGAUUCGCACAGCCACUCCCUUCCCCCUGGUCAGCCUCUUCUUCAUGUUCAUCGGCUUUGUGCUCAGUAACAUCGGACACAUUCGGCCUCACCGCACUGUACUGGCCUUCGCUUCUGGAAUUUUCUUCAUCCUCUCAGGCCUUUCUCUCGUGGUGGGUCUCGUUCUUUACAUCUCCAGCAUCAAUGACGAGAUGUUGAAUAGAAGUAAAAGUAAUGAGGCCUAUUUCAGCUACAAAUAUGGCUGGUCCUUUGCCUUUGCCGCUAUCUCCUUCCUACUGACAGAGAGUGCAGGUGUCAUGUCGGUCUACCUGUUCACCAAGCGAUACGCAGCUGAGGAGCUGUACAGGCCACAUGCAAGCUGCUACCGGCCGCGUCUCAGCAACUGCUCCGAGCACUCAACACAGUUCCUGCAGCGCCGGCACAGUCCCUCAGACAUCUCCAGUGAGGCCUCUCUCCAAAUGAACAGCAACUACCCAGCCCUGCUAAAGAGCCCUGAGUAUGAACAAGUCUCCUCCUCACUCUGCUAAACACAGAUGGAGUGAUGUGAAGGUUGACAGGAAGACAGAGAGAGAAAUGGCUGGCUAGGUGAGAGGAUGGAAGUCAUUUAGGAGAGUUAUUUUUUUAAUAAAAUAAUGUGGAGACACCAGAAAGGUAGAGACAGUUUUUAAACAAUUUAAUAUAUUGCUGUUCAUAUAACUGUCUUAGUUUAGUUGAUUUUGUAAUCAUUCUGUGAAGCUGAAAUCAUAUUUGAGAAAGUACAUCUUGUUCACCAGCAGGGGGCAGAAACACUUUACUGCUGACCUGCUCUUAGUGCCACAAUACCUAACCAGUUUCAUUUACAAGUGAUUAUUAACUACUUUAUUUAUAACUACUUAUUUAAAAACGUAUAGUGCAGAUAUUUAUGUUGUACAGCCAUAUAAAUAAAGUACCUAAUACCCUAGCCUGUAGGUGGUAAUCGGUAACAGCUGCAGCGAACAGUACGGCGUCUGCAUUGGCUUUCCAGUUCCAUCUGUUCACCUCCAUAAUGAGUCUCUGUGAAAGAGCUGUGAUAUUACACUUCUGUAUAACUGAAGUGCAGUGGUAGAGCAUUAAAAAAACCAGCAGACAGGUAGUAUCAUGAAAACAGUAACUAUAGUAAAGUUAUGUGUAAGAUGUUUUUGUAGGCUGUAUCAAAGUAAAAAUCCCUGCCAGAUUUUAAAAUCUUCUGGUGACCCUGAAGUUCUUUAUAUUCGUGUGUGUAUGUUGAUGAAUUGUCUAUAAAUCGAAAGACAUUUUAAUACUUCAAUAGGUGGAUUAGGUGUAAAUUCAGUGAAAAGAAAAUGGUUUGAUGAACACAAUAAGCUAUCUAUCCUGUACCUGAGUGAGUAGGUACACCAAGCACAUCAUUUAGGAAAGUGCUGUGUUUAAUUGUUGCCCUGUAACUGGUCAGAUGUCUCUAAAAAUUGAUGCACGUACGUUUCGAAAAAAAGCCAGCAUACAAGAGAUUAUACAGUGCAUUGAUCUAUCAGACUCUGAAAUGUGACAGUACCUAGAAACCCAAGCACCAAUAAUUUGGACAUGCUAAGAUAUAGCACAUAUACACAGUAACUUCCAGAAACCCAAAGCCAGCAGAGCCAUUGCAGAUACACACCUGUCCUUAUUUAAUACAGUAGCAUUUCUCCUGUGUUCACUGAUUGUCUAGUCUCAUUUGUCUUCAUUUAUGGAUGUAUUUUUGCUUAGUUUCUUUAAUUAGUUUCUUUAAUUAUUAUUUUCACAUUUAAUAUUUCUGUAAUUAGUGCCAGUAACAUGAAACAAACUGGUUACCCCUGCCAAUUUUAAUUCAAUCCACGUGUUCAAUUGAAAUUAUUAAACUAUUUAAAUGUAUAAACACAAUCCAGUUAUAUGACCUUUUGAGGGUCACAAUAAUGAAAUGUCCUUAUUCGCAAUUUACACAAACCCUUUCUGAAAAGUCUUGUUUUCUUCUUCUAUAAAUGAUCCCACAGAUCAUUGUAUCUCUCUAGGGGAUUUCUGAGCUGGAAGAGAAGGGAAAUAUUAAACAUAGAGCACAAUUGUAACAUAUAUUGUCUGGGUUUUUCACAAUUUCAGAAAUUUGAGCAGUCAAAUUCAACAUUAAAAAUCCAUGUUCAUUAUCCAGACAUGCCAAGGAUCAGCAAAAGCAGUCAAGCCUGGAACACAAUGAAUUAAUGUCAACCGUUUCUCAUUCCAUACUGAAAUAAAACUACUUUGA